AUGGCGUACACCCAGGAGAGACUGGCGAAAGCCUGCGAGCUUUUCCCACGAACAGCGAGCAGACUCGCUUUCGAGGAUGUAUCCUGUCCUGUCUAUAACCUGAGAAAGCGAGACAAGCAUGUUCUCUCUUCAUGGAUCGAUGAUGACGACAAGGAUGAGGAUUAUACUCCUCGGGGUCGCAUGAUUCUGCCAAAGCGCAAGCUAGUGACUGGCCUUGACCAAGGCGACAGAAGCCGCGACCGACCUGUCAAACGAGCGAGAAGCCUGCCACUUACCUCGAUGGUCACGCUUCGCUUGGGUUCCCACUCUGGCAAGGCGCUACUGUCAUCGAUCGUAAGCUCUCUGCAUGACGUGCAGCUUAACACAUGGGAAGAAUACCGAACCGUCACCGAUCUUGCCGACACCAGCCCUGCUGCCUCGCGCUAUGCUCUCAAGGUUCAAAAGAGAACCAUCACGAGCGCGGGCGAUGACUCUGAUGGCGACGAUAAUGCGACGCUGGAAUUCCUCCUGCCAGCCGCGCACGACUUGGGAAACGUUGGAGCUGAGGUCCCCGUUGGAAAGCCAUGUCUUUCAUGUGAAUAUCUGGACAUGGAUUGCUCUCUGGUCAGAAAGCCGCUCUCAUACCCUUGCAACAACUGCAAGGUCGACGGCUUGGAGUGCGAAUUGACCACCCCGCCUCGCUGGAAGCGAGAUUGCGAAAAGUGCAAGAGCCGUCAUGGUGGCCCCAAAUGCUCAUACAUCUUUGCCGACUGUGAUCACAGUCUGCCGUGCAUCUAUUGUGGCGAGCCAGGAUUCGAGUGCAUCGCUGGACCAGCUGUAAGGCCUCCUGUCCGUCUCAUGGCCAACUUUUACAACAAUCACGGCAACGAUGGCCAGCUUGCGCAAUAUGAUGCGAGUUCCCCCGUUGAUGAAGAAGAUCAGAGCAGUGUUUCAUCUAAAACCCAUGGCACCGACAAUACUGAAGAUGAUCCUACCACCAAGUUGGCGGUUGGUUCGGUCCCGAGGGACGACGUCUCCAUCAGCUCUGGGCCUGAACCUACCGAGUACGAUCCGGACGUCUUGCAUCCUGAAUCCAUGGUCAAUGUUGGCGAGACCUCGAAUGCUUCCGGCUUACUCUCUGUUGAGCCAACUGAAUAUCAUCUGGACCUUUUCAACCCUCGGCCAACCGUGGAAGUUGACAAGGGGAACAACAUUUCCAUCUCUACUGUAUCUACUGAGCAUCACUCGAGCGCCUUCACUGACAUGGAAAUUACGCGCCAGUAUCGGAUCACAACGUACUUUGCCCACCCCAUGGAGUUCUUGUACGAGGCUCCUGACGAUGGGACUCGCCCUUGCCACUGGUGCAACAACUAUGCGUACGGACUCAAGGGACUUGGCAAGCGAUGCGUUGAAAUUGCGGACUUUGGCGAUGGCCAGUGGAUUGAACUGGAAAAUGGCCACCAGCUGGAUGGAAAAGAACCCAGCCGCAUGUGCGUUGAGUGCGUCUUUGCCCGAAUCCGGAUCCUUCAGUGUCUUAAGCACAAGGGCAGAAUACUUCCUCUAGAAAUUGUCAACGGGUCGGUCGAUAUGGAGGCUGCGCGUAGUGCCAUCCUCCGGGCAGAGAGGCACCUCGUCACCCCUGACACCAUGAUCGCCGGACCAUCGGUCCCCCCACCCCAGCAGCCGUGGUGCUCGCUAUGCCUCCAGCCGGCCACCCACUGCUGCGGCGCCCACCAGGACAACCCCACGCCGUCCUCGAUCGGAGUCGGAUGUGGGUUGACACUCUGCAAAAAGUGCCUUGAUCGGUACAUGUACCAUGGCACCAUCGAAGCCGUCGUGGAGCAGAAUCGCACCAUCCCCUCCGCCAAUACCGAGACUCGUGCCGAUGUGGAUUUGAUUCUGAAGGGGCCGUUCAAUCUCAUUUGGAUCAAAUACCUGGACUGA